AUGUGUACGGUAAGAACAAAGUAUGUUUUAUUUGAAAAUACGCUCACCUCGCAUGAACCUGUGCAUAUUCAUGGUGAGGCCUACACUAAAGAUACUGAGCAAUUUCGAACAGGGUCAAUGAUCCACGAUUCGAAAAGUACCUUUGGGUAUUUUUCCUGCCAAAUAUCUUGCCAAAAGUCUUGCCAAAAAUCUAGCCAAAAAUGUUGCACACAAAGCUAUCAGAAAUUUGACACAAAUACCACCAAAAUGACAACCGAUACACAGACAAACUUAUUACAAAAAACAAACUGUACUGAGCACAUGGCCAGCAGAAACGAUGUGGUGCGGGUGCCACUAAAAAAGGUUUCGAAAUUUGUGAAUAAGAACAACGUGCAAAGUAAUGUGCCAAGAGAUGAAAAUACUGCAGGUAAUUACAGUUUUUACAACAAUAUUUCUAAAAGUAGUAUGAAUAAAGUCAAUAAAGAAACACCUCAGUCAAAGAUCAUGAAGGUAAUGUCUGUAAAGAAGCUCCCUGUGCGAUCACGACAUACAUUGUUCAAUAUAGCCUGCUCUCAACAACAUAUAAAUGACACAACUCAACUCAACACUGGCUGUCGAUUGUGUCACCGUGACCGUGAACCCAGUAGGAUUCAAGUGAAAUGGUUAACUCGAAAGCUUGGCAAAAGUAGGUUGUUGAGAAAAGAUCUGAAACACACAAUCAAAAAGUCUGUACCCAGAUCUUCGCAACUUCAUUAUAUAGUAAGAAAUGUUCAUAGACAUAGUCAAAAUUCUUGGAUAAAGUGCAUCCCUGAUAUUCACUGCCCCGGAAAGGCUAAGAAAACAAAUAGGACUAAAUGUUUAGCAAAACAUUUAAAAUUUAACAUUCCUGAAGGUAUUCUUGCAGAUAUAUUUUAUUUAUCUGACUUCACUAGUGAUUUACAUACACAACAGGUAUAUAAAAAUGUCAACCAUAUGAAGAAUGUCUGUCAGUCAGCAUUAUCUACUGAUAUUGAGACAAAUCCAGGACCUGUGUUCUAUAUCAAUCCAAACAAGACAAUCAGUGCACCAUAUAGUCAAGGGAAUCAGAUUAUAUUUGGAGAAACAGCAGGACAGCAGUGUUUAGCAAUGUGCUUAUGUGCUCUUAUAUACAACAAGAGACACAACAUUGGGUCACCUCAAGACCUGGUUCAAAUAAUGGAUAUUGGUAAUGAACUAUAUUCAAAUUUGUCGUGUUUGGCAAGACAAUCAAUUUUAUUAUUUACAGAACUGCCUUCACAAUUAACAGUAUUUGAUACAGAUUAUCAUCUUGAGUACAGUGAGAGCUAUAGUGGAAGGGUAAUCGGAGAUAGUUUUAUUGAAGGAUUUCAGUAUUGUGUGCCAUUUCAUGAAGCAUUUGACCUGCUCCUGGUUGAAAACUAUUCUGCAUUUAUAUUAAUAAUUGACUGCAAUGCUGUUUGUAUAUUUUCCACCAAUGAUAGCAAAUAUAACAUUUUUGACUCACAUUCAAAGGAUAUCUAUGGUCGAAGUCAUCCACAAGGCACUUGUGUGUUGUUAGAAGCAGCAACUAUUAACCAUGUAAUUUUGCAUUUCCAGUCCCUAUACAGUGAAAAUAGUCAGUUUGAGCUGAGAGCUGUUAAUAUUGAAGAACUACAAAGCACUACUGACCAAAACUUAAACAACAAUAUUGGAAAUACUUACCUAUCAGGUAAUGCCUCACAAGAAAUUAAAACUACUGAUGCUUUCUGCUUGUGUAGACAAUGCUGUGCAAUUUCAUUAUAUUCAAUUUGUUAUUCUGUUAUUAAACCUUGUAAUUACUGGGAUUCAAAUACAAUAUCUGCAGUUGUUUACUUUGGCACUAAUUUGUAUAAUAAUACUGAUAUAAAUACUUGGUCUUCAAGUGAUCUACCUCAAAAAAUUAAAAUUUGUGGAACUGAUGUGCACAUACAAUUGCAAGCUAAUUACCAAGGAGUAGUUAAUGACAUUGCAGAAAGCAAAUUAAACAUUGCAAGUGUGAUAUGUCAUUGUGAUGAAAACACUGGUUUUUUAAUUUGGCUUGGGGGUUAUUGUAUUUCUUGUAUCUUCCAUGCAACAUUGAAGAGAAAGUCGUACUCAAUAUUAGCAUAUGAUGAAGAUCCUAGCCCACCUACUAUUUACUUUGGCACUAAUUUGUAUAAUAAUACUGAUAUAAAUACUUGGUCUUCAAGUGAUCUACCUCAAAAAAUUAAAAUUUGUGGAACUGAUGUGCACAUACAAUUGCAAGCUAAUUACCAAGGAGUAGUUAAUGACAUUGCAGAAAGCAAAUUAAACAUUGCAAGUGUGAUAUGUCAUUGUGAUGAAAACACUGGUUUUUUAAUUUGGCUUGGGGGUUAUUGUAUUUCUUGUAUCUUCCAUGCAACAUUGAAGAGAAAGUCGUACUCAAUAUUAGCAUAUGAUGAAGAUCCUAGCCCACCUACUACACAUUAUAUCAAGAACAUUGAAGACAAACACACUUUAGUUGAGGCUAUCUUUAACUUAGCAAACACCAAAGUCAAGGACGAAAUUGUAAAUUAUGAAAUUCAAUUUCUGUCUUGUUCUUCUAAAUUGAGUAACUGUGAAAGAAAAAAGAUUAUGAAAAAACACAGACAAAAUUAUAUUAAUGUCUUUAAUGAGAUCAUUGAACCAGCUUUACAGAAACAAAAGCUAGAAAAAAGACAAAUGAAGUACAAAGCUUUAGAUCCGGCGAAAAAAGAGAAAGUGCUUAAUGAACAGUUGAACUAUAAAAGGACAAUGGGAGAAGAACAAAAACAGAAACUGUUAGAGAAUCAGAGAGAAAAAUACAAAGCUUUAGAUCAAUCAAAGAAAGAGGAAUUGCUUAAAAAAAUUUGCGUUAUAAGAAAACAAUGGGAGAAGAUCAAAAACAGAAACUGUUAG